AUGGGUGAGCAAACCCACUACCGAGCCCAGCCGUGCUCUGGCACCAACCCCAGGAAAUGCCAGGACCUAGGAGACUCAAUUCUUCUGAUCCUGGGCAGCUUCAUCUUGCUCAACGUGGGGAUCAAGGUGGUGACUCUGGUGAGUGGGCGCCAGCGUGGGCUCAGGGGAUGUGGGCCUGUCCCCUUUCUUCUAUCCCUGCCUCGAUUCUCAGCCCCUCAGGAACCCAGGCCCUGUCCCAUCUCGCCUUUCCCCGCAGACAAGCAAGCCAGCUGUGUAGGCAGCCAUCGCAUGUGCGUGCGCUGCUCCGUGGAUCCCAAGAACCUGUGCUCAAGAGUUCCUUCCCGCUUCCGCCAUCGCCCAAGCUUCCUGCUCGGGCACCCAAACCACCUUGACUCGUGGAUACCAGUCACAAAACAUGAGAAGGCUUCUGGGUGCUGCUGGAGGCCGCCUCAGUGUGGACGGGCUGGGGCUCCCAUGGAGGCUCCACGGGGACUGUGGAAGGAGGGGGUAGUGGGCGCUGGCGAGGCCCCUCCGGUCACAGCCUUAACGUCCCGAGCCACCUUUUACUCCAGGCAAGAGACAUCUUCCAAGCUCCGCAGGAUGAGCAAGGUGGACGUGCUUCCACUCCGCCUGCCCCAAGAGAGCAAGACGAAGACCCCAGACUAUGACCCAGCCCAGGCCCCAGCCCGGGCCCAAACCCGCCCCCCAGUUCAGCCCCCUGCGCAUGCUCCUGCCAAGGCCCAGACCUUCUCCUCAGCCCACCCCCCUGAGCACACCCGCCCCCAGGCCCAGACCCCCUGCCCAGCCCUCACCCCGAGCGCAGCCCUGCCCAGGUCCAUGGCCCUGAGCAUACCUCAGCCCAUACCCCAGCCCAGGCCCAAGCCCAGGGCCCCUCAAAUGCCUCAGCCCAGUCCCUGGGCCACACUUCUGUCUGCACCCUGACCCAUGCUCAUCUGACCUAUACCCAUGCCAACACUCUGGUCCCUCCCCCACCUUCGGCCCCAGUUCCUCCCCCAACUUCUGCCCCUGCUACUACUCCUGCCCUAGCCCCUACACCAGCCCCUGUCCCGAUCUCUGCCACAACCUCUGUCCCAGUGCUGGUCAUGGCCCUGACGACCACUCCAGUCCCUUCCACCACCCCUACCCCCACCCUAGCUUCUAUUCCCUCUACCUUGUCUGCCUUCAGCCAAGGCCUCUCCUCCGGCCAGGUGGUCUACGAUGCCCGCAGGGUAAAGCAGAACGUGGUCCAUGUGUGU